AUGCCAGCUAUCUGUAAGAGAGUGUUAUUCGAGGCCGGCGGGAACGUCAACGAGAGAACGUUGACUCUGUCGUCUGUUUCCAACGACGGCCACUACAUUUCCGUUCGUCCUCUGGUGAAGAAGAACACCGAGGCGGAACGGGAGUUCCCCUUCGAGUGGGUGUUUGCCGGUACGAAGGACCACAUCGAGGUCACGAACGAAACCGAUGGGGUCACGCAGAAGCAAGUCUUUGAUUUUUGGCUGGACACGAACGUCUACUUGGGAAUCUCCAACACACACAGGGGGAAAGUGCACACUAAAUGGACCACUUGGGAAUCUGGGCUGCUGCUGGAACAAGGUACCGUUUUCCCAUUCGGGAAGGACGGCGAAGGUGUCGAUUUCAAAGAGCUGUGGCAGCCUAUCGACGCCAACAGGGACGAAUUGGUCAUCCAGGACAAACUCGAGUCACAGGGGAGAUCGGUCACUUUCAAAGUCGAUAACAACGAGUAUUUCGGUCUUGUAGUUGUUGUCGGAAAGUGGGUCCAGGGAUUCUUGGCGAAGAAGAACGGGGGAUCGAAAAGAGACUUGAACUUUGUAAGACUGGUCGAGUCCGCGUUUGCAGGGAAGUACACCACUUUGGAACGCUACGGCGUGGACGCGGACAAGUUCCCAUGUGAAUUUGACACUGUUAAGAAGGGUGACCACGUAACCGCCAACGGAGUUCAAUGGGAAGUUAUCGAAGCGCACCUCUAA